AUGGCGAAAGGCCGAUUUCAUGGUAGAAACCAAUUGUACUUAGUAGGACGAUGCGCGCAUCGCGAAAAGUCUCCACACCAUGACUUCUUCGACCAAGGAAAUCAAAAAGGACUUGAUAGCACAUGGCCCGGAGCAGAUUGGAGCCGAAAAGUUCUGCGGUCUUUUGAGCGAACUUGCGGCCCGUUUCGAGGCACAGCCGUCAGAUGCGGAAACGGUUCUUUUGGUGGAUACAUUGGCCAUCUGGUUUCUCCGAGCCACGCAAUGGGCGGGGCCCGAGAACGAGGAGGAACGAGAAUGUCAGAGAGGAAAAGAAACAGAAACAGAAACAGAAACAGAACGAGAAACAGAAACAGAAACACGAACACAAACACAAACAGAAACACUAACUCAAGAUUCAAGACAAACGAGACAGAGAACCAAAGCCUCUGGAUCCGGUGCGCCACAUCCAGCCCCCGCAAAUCCCCUCGCUCUUUCCUACCUCCAGACAGUCGACCCAGAGCUUCUUACAAGGCUCUUUUCGUUUGUGUGCGACUUCCACCAUGCGCGCGGGCGCCUUGCCAAUGCCGUUUCGGCGCUUCUUUCGCGCCUCAUUCUGUUCGCCGGCCGCGUCGCGCCGCCCCUCCUCUGCGUGUGGCUUCGCGCGGCAUUGCAGUUGCCGCGCACCCAGAAGGGCGCCUACGCCGUGCUCGAAGCGCUCUUGCGCGCGCUGCAUGCGGCGCGCCUCGAAGUCCGCGCCCACCGCCCCGAAUUUCUUUCCCAGUGCGUCGAUGCCAUGGCCCAGAACGCCGUGGCGCACGCGGCGGCCCGUGCUGCAGCAGCAGUUUUUUUGCAUUCACCGCCCGACCAGGCGCUCGCAUCCUGGACGCCCGAGCUUGUGCGCGGGUUGAAAUCCCCACCGCUUCGGGCCAACGUCGAGGCGCACUUGCUUCCGGCGCUUUUCCGCCCUUAUCCGCAGCAUUUUGCCCAGUGGGCCGCGUCUUUGCAAUUGGACGCGCGCUCGGCUUUGGCCUUGCUUGA